AUGGCUUCAUACGUGUUUUUGAUGCAAUUUUGGAAUGACACCGAGACCCUCACCGGUGCCGACAUUCACCGACUGACCCAGAUUUCGGAGAUAGGUGGCGCCAUCACUGUGAUAGGGUGCAUCGUCGGCCUCAGUCUGCUAUGUCUGCUGCCCGUACGCAGUGACGGUCUCUUCGUCACCGGGAACCUGUGCCUGGUGCUCAUGGCGGCCCAGAUCUCCUUCAUAGGAUCCGAGAACACCGGAUAUCCGGACCCCGUAAUGUGCAAGAUUGCGACCAGUCUGAUCCAAUACUUCUUCCUCAGCGUCCACUUCGCCGCGUUCGCCUUCGCCAUCUACCUGGGUUCAAAGUUUGGCCCUUCCUUUCUGAACCAAUGUCGACGGCGGGGUCUGUACCUCAUCAUUAUCUGGGUCCUGCCUUUCGUCGUCGUCGUCGUCACCGCCUUGUCCAGGUCAAACUAUGUCGGUCCCGGCACGCGGUAUAAUAGUUUUCAGAAUAUUUGUUAA